AUGUCAAAAAGACAGGCAGAGCUCCCCUUGGAGCAAGACUCUUCUGGCUCACCCGCAUCGAAAAAGGCGCGCGUCGAGGACGACAAUGAUACCGAUUCUAUCAACGGCGCAGUGCCCGCAUCCCAAAAGAGCGGCGAUGAGAUUAGACAAGAUGAUCGCAAUGGUGUGGAUAUCCUAGGAGCAGCUGAAAUAGAAGGAGAGGAGCUCGAGGAGGGUGAGAAAGAUCCCUCCGGACUCUCGGAUAUUGACGAAGAUGCACCUGCACUCAGCGCUCCGAAGCGGCAAAGCGCUCCCAUGGAAGGCUACGGCGACCUGUACCUCGACACGAUCAACCGUGAAAUUCUGGAUUUCGAUUUCGAGAAACUGUGCUCAGUCAGUCUGUCAAACAUCAAUGUGUACGCAUGUCUUGUCUGCGGUAAAUACUUCCAGGGUCGCGGUCCGAAAUCGCAUGCAUAUUUUCACGCCCUUGAAGUUGGACAUCACGUCUUCAUCAACAUUGGCACGAAGAAGGUAUAUGUUUUGCCUGAAGGAUAUGAAGUCAAUAACAAGAGUUUGGAGGACAUCAAGUAUGUCGUUGAUCCACACUAUACAAAAACCCAAGUGGUCAAGCUCGAUAAGGAAGUCCAUGAUGCCUGGGACCUUUCUGGGUCGAGGUACCGACCAGGGUUCGUCGGCAUGAACAACAUCAAAGCCAACGACUAUGUCAAUGUAGUAGCUCAACUGCUCGCACAUGUUUUGCCUAUUCGCAAUUUCUUCCUACUCCACGAAUUCCCUACUCCCGGCACACCAGAGAUAAUUCUUCGUUUCAGCACGCUGGUGCGCAAGCUAUGGAACCCCAAGGCGUUCCGGUCACAUGUGUCUCCGCACGAGUUACUACAGGAGGUUGCUGUACGAUCCUCGAAACGGUUCACUCUCACGAACCAGGCAGAUCCCGUGGACUUCCUGUCUUGGUUCCUAAACUCUCUGCAUCUCGCCUUAGGAGGAUCCAAGAAGCCCUCGCCAACACCCACGAGUGUUGUUCACGCAGCGUUUCAGGGCCGUGUACGGAUCGAGAGUCAAGCUAUCACGGCUCACUCCGACACCCAAAAUGCCCGUUUGGUAUUCACUGAAUCUGGCACAAUCAAUAGCCAGAUCUACCCCCCCACACCCCUCUUCCAAUCUGCCAAUCGGGAGUCGAGUAUCCCACAGGUCCCCUUGACUACCCUCUUGAACAAAUAUAACGGCUACACGGCGUCAGAGAAACUGGCCCACCGUGUCCGACACCGUCUCCUCCACCCUCUUCCUCCCUACCUUUUCUUCCAUAUCAAGCGCUUCAGCAAGAACCGCUUUGUCUCUGAGCGAAACCCAACUAUCGUCACCUUUCCCUCUCCGCACGGUUUGGAUAUGUCCCCCUAUGUCGAGCCAAAUCCCAAUAUUUGCUCACCCAGCGAGCCAAUCCUCUACGAUCUUGUGGCAAACAUCAUCCUCGACCCCGCCAUCGCUGCACCCGGUGCAAUGGAUGACGCUGUGGAUAAGGGCGUCAACGCUGCGUCAGGAGCCGGCGGUUCCUCCAGCGGAGCAGGUGGCGGCAGCGAGAAGGUGUCAUGGCUUGUCCAACUUCAUGAUAAAGCUAUGGAGGCUGAGAACACUCGCGCCAAAAAUGGCGGUUCCACGGAGAAGCAGCAGCGGGGCCCGGAGUGGCUUGAGAUUCAGGAUUUGUUCGUCAAGCGCGCGGAAAGCGAGACGUUGUUCACUCGUGAGGGAUAUCUUAUGGUAUGGGAGCGGCGCAAAGUGCCAGGGAACAAAGGAAAGGGACGUGCAUGA